GCGACAAAAAAUAUGUGCAACAAGUUCUACAGUGAGAAGGAGAGAGGAGCUCGCGACGGAGGUGUUCUGCUGGUGUUCGGGACGUGAUUAACCUGCCACCAUGAUUCCGGACCGCUGUGGACCCGCUGCGUCGCGUUAGAGGAGAAGCCGUCGGGUGGUGUCGGGACCUGUUCCAGGUGGCUCCUUGUUCCAGGGUACCGAGCGUGUUUCCUGCCGAGCUCACCAUGCCGAUCGACAUGGCGUUACCUCUGUACCUGUCCACGGAGGACUUUGUCUACAGGACGUCCUCCAAAGCAUGCAAACCUGCCCUGAACUCCUGCCUGAGGUUUCAGCACUCGCACUGUGUGGAUCCGGUCGCUGAUGAAAGGUCGUCCAGGAAGGACUCGAGGAAAGCCAAGAAGCAGGUGACGUUCGCCGAUCACCGAGGCCUGUCUCUGACCAGAGUGAAGGUCUUCUCCGAGUUCAACGAUCCCAUCGAUAUUCCUCUGAACGUCCAGGAGACGCUCAGCUCCGCCGUGUCUCCGACGGCCGAGGAGGACAAGCUGGUGCUGGACUUCUGUCAGCCCUCCUCAGACUACCUGCGGUUCCGUCAGAGCCUGGAGAGGAACUACGUGUGCCUGGAGCACUGCGUGCUGAAAGAAAAGGCUUUAGCAGGAACCGUUAAAGUCAAAAACGUGUCCUUUGAGAAGUCUGUGAAGCUGCGGGUGACCUUUGACACCUGGAAGAGCCACACAGACGUAGACUGCGCGUACAUGAAAGACACGUAUCCCAGCUCGUACAGCGACACCUUCUCCUUCCACGUGUCCCUGCCCGACGAGCUGAGGCCCCGCGAGCUCGUCGAGUUCGCCGUCUGUUACGAGGUGGACGGACGCGAGUACUGGGACAGCAACUGCGGGAGCAACUACAGGAUCGUGUGGUCCUCCAUGAAGCGGAGCCACCGGGACGCCUGCGGACGCCACACGGACUCCUUUGACUUCGGGAUUCAUUUCGACCGAUACGGCAGCCCCACCUGCUCGCACGGCGUCUUCCCCGAUUGGCCGAGCUACGCGGGAUACGAGGACGCCGGCCCGUACUACUGAACGGGGUGUUUGAGUGAGAGCUUCUGUUCACGGAGCCUGUUAAAUGUUGUCCUGUUGGACGUCACGUGUCCAACACAGAGACUCAGUUUACUGCGGACGUCCUCACAGUGGACGAUUUUUGUAUUUUUGCUUGAAAAAUGACUGAAAGCGUCAGUCGGUUAUCAGAAGAGCUGCAGGUCACUGAUUAAUGGAUGAAUUGUUGAAUGGGUGGUUUAAUAUUUACUCCUCUACGAGGUUUCUCUUCCCACAAUGAUGCAAAACUUUCACACAACAAGUGAGUUUUUAUCUGUUUUGGAAUAAAAUGUGUUAUUUUACAGAAGUAAAUCUUCUUCUCGUUAGAACAACCCGACUUGUUGGUCGAGUUCGCACACGAGAACUAAGAGAAACUACACGUUUGUUCGUGUGGUGUGAAGGUGAGGGGUUUAGCGGUAGCGUGACUCCCCCUGUGUUGGAAAAGCUGCUGAAUAAAGUUUUAAGAUGUUGUGUUCCUUCACUGCUGUUAGCACAGGAUUAAAGAAGAUAAAACAGGACAAUAAAAUGUGAUAUCUGCAGAAUUUAAGCUUUGAGUUUUGUUUAUUUGCACGUUCAAAAAAUAAAUUUGUUCUCAUUCACUUCAA